ACAGCUGAGGGAGCUCCAGGCACCAGCCUCAUUCCGUCACUACCGUCGAGCCAGCACGUUCGCUACGAACGGAGCGCGCUCGCAACCGCUCCCGCGAAAAUCGCGAACAAAUUUUUUCCAUAUUGACAUUCGACCGUUCGAUUUAUAAAAACAAAAAGUGAUCUGUUCAAACUAGUCGUGUUCUUUUGUUUUGUUCGAAUUGAUGUUUUUUUGAAUAAUUUAAUCAGGUGUCUAUUGUUAGCAGCAGCAUGGGAACUAUUAAAAAAUUACGACGAAGUUUGUUGCUCUUAGCGGCUGUGUUAGCGGUACAGACGAGUGCACAGAAAAGCAAGUCCGACGACAGUAGCAUACAAGCAGUGCCAAGUGACCUCAGACGAGCCGUCAGUGAAGCACUAGCUUUAGAAAAGAGAUUUCUAUUAGGCGCUAGCGAUGCGCACAACUGCUCAUCAGACGAGGAUGAGUUCAGCAGAAUACCGUGCCCGCCUAGCAAGUACCGCAGCGCGAGCGGCGAGUGCAACAAUGUGCGGCACAGGCCUUGGGGCCGGAGAGGCGAUGUCUUCCUCAGGCUGUUGCCACCCAACUAUGCUGAUGGUGUGUCUCAACCACAAUCACCACCAUACUUGCCGGAGCCGGCGCUAGCAAUCCACGCAGCUUCACAGCUGAGUUCGUCAGCUGACAACGACUAUGUCACCAGCAUGCUAGCAGCAUGGGGCCAGCUCAUCAUGGACGACUUGAUAAGCACAGCCAACGGAAACAAAGAUUGCAAAGGAGCCACAUGCGAGUAUGUUCGUUCCGCACCCACAAGGAACAUCGAUUCUUGCGGUUUUGAACGCCGUGAACAAAUGAACAUGGCGACAUCAUUCCUCGAUGGGUCUGCGUUGUACGGCAGCUCGGAGAAGGAGCUCCGAUCUCUGAGACUCUAUGACGCUGGCAAAAUUGACUUGGAAUCAUGCCGCAAGUGCAAAGACGGAUCACCAACCGCCCCUCUAUACAAGACUUUACUCUCUGAACACAACCGCAUUGCCGGCGAGCUAUAUACUUUGAACCCGUUCUGGGAUGACACUACCCUGUUCUUGGAGACCAGACGAGCGGUGGCGGCUAUCAUCCAGCACAUCACCUUUAAUGAGUUCUUACCUGUACUUUUGGGAGAGGUUGGCAUGGCUAAAGCUGAGCUAAAAUUGACAUCUCUUGGCUUCUGGCGCGGUUACUCCAGUGCAAUCCGUGCCGGUGUCUACUCGGAACUCGUCGCAGUCGCUCCUAUCUUCCACGCCAUGAUGAAUGAGAAACUGAUUAACACAACAGCCACUUUAGAACAUCUAGUUCGCACCAGCGCCCAACACGUCUCUCACUUCCCAGCCUCAGCACAAUGGGAUCUCAACAGGGCUCGUGACCAUGGAGUGUCUUCAUACUUGAGGGCACUGCGCAUGUGUGAGCCUAUGGCAACCAUCAAGUCUUUCGGAGACUUCAGUAAAAUGGGCUUCGAUAGAAAACAGCAGGAAAUGAUGGCUGGCAUGUACAGGAGUCCUGACGAUGUGGAACUAAUGAUUGGAGGUGCUAUGGAGAAACCAGCGUCCGGAGCUGUUGUGGGAUCAACCAUCGCAUGCGUUUUAGCACUGCAGUUCGCUAACUUGAAGAAGAGUGACAGGUUCUGGUAUGAAAACGAUUUGCCUCCUUCUUCCCUAUCUCCUGAUCAGCUCGGAGCCAUCAGGAAAGUGUCUCUCGCUGGAACUUUGUGCGCUGCUCAAGAUACUUUAACCAGCGUCCAACCCAAGGCUUUCGUUAGAGAGGAUCCUUACUUGAACGCCGCCCAACACUGCUCUCAACACAACCGUCUAGAACUUUCUGCGUGGAGGGACGAGAGCGGAGCUAAGGCCGCUGAAAGACUGUCUCAAGAUAUGCUCGCUACUGCAUUGGAGAAGGCUAAACAAGAGAUGGCUGAUAGGAAGAAACUGGAAUACAUGUUGUGGGAAGCACGUGGUGGAGCCGACCCUAAGUCACCAGUAGGAACUGCAGCGUCGUUCUCAAAAGCCAACAAAUAUGCUCUGAAACUCGCUAACACAUCCCUGUUCUUGGAAUUCGCCACUAACGAGCUCAUCAACUCUAUCAACAGCGGACACCGUCGUAAACGUCAGAUCUUCGACGACUCACUCGGUUUCGGUACCUCAGACUUCGUGGACUCCUUACAAUCAGUAGACAUCACGGGUUUCCUUGGCAACGACCAGUCGGGACCCAUCAUUGAACCCCAAUGCGAUGACAAGGGUGCUUGUGAACCUGAUAAUCCCUUCAGAACUUACACUGGAUACUGUAAUAAUUUGAGGAACCCUAACUUGGGCAAAGGAUUGACGACUUUCGCAAGAUUGCUGCCCCCUGUUUAUGAAGAUGGUGUAAGUCGUCCCCGCAUCAACUCAGUGACCGGCACUCCCCUGCCGUCUCCUAGAGUAGUGUCCACCGUCAUCCACCCGGAUAUCUCCAACUUACACACUCGCUAUACACUGAUGACGAUGCAGUUCGCUCAGUUCCUCGACCACGAACUUACUAUGACGCCCAUCCAUAAAGGUUUCCACGAAUCAAUUCCUGAUUGUCGUUCCUGCGACUCCCCGCGCACGGUACAUCCGGAGUGCAACCCGUUCCCCGUGCCGCGAGGAGAUCACUACUACCCUGAAGUCAACGUUACGUCAGGAGAGAGGCUCUGCUUCCCCUUCAUGAGGAGUUUGCCAGGACAACAGCAACUUGGACCUCGUGAACAAGUCAACCAGAACACAGCUUUCAUUGACGCCUCAGUCAUCUACGGCGAGAAUCCUUGCAUUGUGCGCAAACUCCGCGGCUUCAACGGUCGUCUGAACGCUACCACUAACCCUCAUAACGGAAGAGAAUUGUUGCCCAGGAGUGACAGUCAUCCUGAGUGUAAGGCGCCUAGUGGAUUCUGCUUUAUCGCUGGUGAUGGCCGAGCUUCCGAACAGCCAGGUCUAACAGCCAUCCACACAAUUUUCAUGCGCGAACACAACCGCAUCGUAGAAGGUCUUCGAGGAGUCAACCCUCACUGGGACGCCGACCAACUGUUCGAGCACACGCGUCGUAUCCUCGCGGCUACAUUCACACAUAUCAUCUAUAACGAGUUCUUACCAAGACUGCUGUCCUGGAACGCUGUCAAUUUGUAUGGAUUGAAGCUGUUGCCUUCAGGCUACUACAAAGAAUACUCUCCUACCUGCAACCCGGCCAUCGUAACAGAGUUCGCGGCAGCAUCAUUCCGUUUCGGUCACUCGCUACUGCGUCCUCAUCUACCUCGUCUGUCGCCGAGCUUCCAGCCUGUCGAGCCCCCGAUCCUAUUGAGAGACGGAUUCUUCAGGCCUGAUAUGUUCAUGUCUCACCCACCAAUGGUAGACGAGCUGAUGCGUGGUCUCGCCUCAACUCCCAUGGAAACCCUCGACCAGUUCAUCACGGGAGAAGUCACAAACCAUUUGUUUGAAGACCGUCGCAUUCCCUUCUCUGGUAUCGACCUGAUUGCCUUGAACGUGCAAAGAGCGAGAGACCAUGGUAUACCGAGUUAUAACAACUACAGAGCACUUUGUAAUCUGAAGAGGGCGACUACCUUCGAAGAUCUGGCGAGGGAAAUUCCUGAUGAAGUUAUUGCCAGGUUCAAGCGCAUCUACGCGACAGUGGACGACAUCGAUCUAUUCCCGGGUGGUAUGAGCGAGCGGCCCCUGCAGGGAGGUCUGGUCGGACCUACCUUCGCUUGCAUCAUCGCCAUACAGUUCAGACAGCUUAGGAAAUGUGAUCGAUUCUGGUACGAAAACGACAACCCAGCGGCUCGCUUCACGGAACAGCAACUGGCUGAGAUCAGAAAGACAACGUUAUCAAAACUGAUGUGUGACAACUUUGACCAUCCCGGAGACAUACAGAGGGCCGCCUUUGAUUUGCCUAGCAACUUCUUGAACCCCCGCGUAUCAUGCGCAUCGCUACCACAACUGGAUCUAUCAGCGUGGCGCGAGAGCUCUGCGCAGGGCUGCCUCAUCGCCGGCAGAUCGGUAGCUGUGGGAGAGUCCGCCUUCCCAUCGCCCUGUACAUCUUGUAUAUGUACUGUUGAAGGGGCACAAUGCGCGUCCCUCCGUAUAACAGACUGCGCACAACUCCACCGCGAGUGGCCGCGUGAGGCAGUACAACGGGACGAUGUAUGCACGGCUCAGUGUGGAGCCAGCUCCGCCGCGCCCGCGCGUCCGCCGCGCCGGCCGCAUAUCAACUUCAACUUCCCUGAUCUGUCGCCUUUUGUAGCCAAGUGAGUGGGGGUAGUGCCCUAGUCUGUUGGUGAGUAGUUGUUUUGUUGAAAAGUUGAGUAAAAAAAAUGUAUUUACUUUAUGUCGAAGGAAGGAAGUGCCGAAAUAUCUACUGUAGACAAUGUACCAGAUUUUUAGGAAAGAUUUAAUAUCUGUUUUCCACUAAUUACGCAAUCAAAAAAGUCAUGAUCAUUUCAGGCACUGAAAUAAAUAAAAAUAUUGAAUAAUUUGUACAUGAAUAAAUUAAAAUACGUCAAUUAAGUUUAGUGUACUUGCUUGAGUAAACUUUUUAGAAAAACUAUGACCUAUUAACAAAACAACUACAACGUUCAACAGAUGAAGGGUUUUGGUGAAGCUAAUAAUUUAAGAAAAUGAGAUUGAACAAUUCAAGAACAUUAUCAGCCAAUGUGUGUUAAUUUAAUACAAAAUGAAAGUCUUAAUAAUGUAUGACCAACAUAGAACGAAGUGAAGAUCAAUCUCCAUUAAUUUCUACCAUAGAUCAAUACUGAUCGAUUUUCAGAGUUACCACAAGUUUACCAAUAUCAUUGAAAGAAUAUUAGUCAACAACAAUAUUCUUUAAAAUAUUCGCAUCUUUGACUGAUUGCCGUGUCUCAUUUAUACAUUGUUAUGAAUUUAGUUUAAUUAUUCUUAAGAUUACUUAGGUAAAUCCGAAGUGGACGUCUGUAGCCGACCUAAAGCUAUGGGUACGUCGCAUGAAACAUUGUACAAACACUGUAGCUUAGAAAAUGGUAUAUUUGAUAAGUUCUAUUUUCUAAAAUUCAGUUGUUUUACUUUUUUAAUGUUAAUUCCAUUAAUUAUGUUUUUAAUAUUUGAUGGAAUUAAAAAAAUAUAUAAUUCCAAGUGUGUAGUUAAUUAACACAAGUGUGUUUUGGUAUAAAUUGAUGUUUGUAAAAUACGUAUAUUUUGAUGAAAAGAGAAAAUUAAUUAAAAAUAUAUAUAAGAAAGACUAGCGAUGCUUAAUUUUGAUAUGCAUGCUGAUUUUUCUUUCAAGUGGCCCAAAUUCUGUCUGGCCAAAUAGAUAGUAAGAACAAUAGCUAUUUGCAAUUUAGUCCUGUAUCUGUCUGUGUGUUUUUUCAUAUAAAAUUAUCUUUUUCAUUCUUCAAUCUUAUUCUGUUUCAAAAAUUAUUUUUAAUUAAUAUUACGGCCAUCAUGAGCUUUAAAUAGACGCAGUGAUGUUUUAUAAAACUAUUUCAAUACCUAUACCUAAUUUACCGUAGAAUAAACCGUAAUACCAGCUACUGUAUCAAUGUUACCAUACUCAUAUUAAUCUUCUACUUUGGUAGAAAUGCUGAGGCCAAAAGUUAAGUCUCAUAAAUGAUUAUUAUCUGUCUAGCUCACUAUGAUAAAUAAAUUCACUGCCUAGUUGUACCUAGGAUUAUAAGGUUCUUGUAAAUUAUUUUGUAAUAUAUUGGAUAAUUAAUUAAGUAUAACACGUUCUGUAGUUGUAAUAUUUUUAUUUUUAUGAUGAUAUGAAAAUCUCACCUAGACAACGAAAACCGAAUAUAAAUACUUUUUAUUUA